CGAAUGAUCAAAAGUUAUGUAAAAAACACAAAACGACAAGUAUUUUUGGACGGAGGUAGUAUCUAAACAUCCUAUGUGACCUAGGAGUAUGUGACUGGGACGGACAACAGUGUACAACCUUUCGUUGAACAACAGAGACGUACACGUACGCAAUGUUGCACGGGUCACAGAUAUAAAAUGCACACGCUACAACGCAGCGGAUGUACUCAUUGCGUUGGUGCACUGCACGCAUGCAGCGAGAGAUGCCCGCCGACGCUGACAUGACGCGCCGCCGCCGCUCGCCGUCGCUACCGUGCGCGGUGCGCGUGCAGGCGGCCGGCUUCGCGCUCGGGCACCGCCGGGACGGCAGCGUCCGGCGCCUCGUCUUCUCCCUCUUGGACAUCCACGUCAGGGCCAAGCGCCGCGCCGGCGUCCGCUCCGUCGACGUCACCAUCGACGCCUCACGCGGCCUCUGGGCGCGCGUCUUCUCCCCGCCGCCGACGAAGGGAGAGGCGGCGCAGGCGCUCCCGGUCGUCGUCUUCUUCCACGGCGGCGGCUUCGUGCUCUUCUCCGCCGCCUCCUGCUACUACGACAGGCUCUGCCGCCGCAUCUGCCGCGAGCUCCGCGCCGUGGUGGUGUCCGUCAACUACCGCCUCGCCGGCCCCGCGCGCCGCUUCCCCGCCGCCUACGACGACGGCCUCGCCGCGCUCCGCUACCUCGACGCCAACGGCCUCGCGGAGGCCGCCGGCGUCGCCGCCGUCGACCUCUCCAGCUGCUUCCUCGCCGGCGACAGCGCAGGGGGCAACAUGGUGCACCACGUGGCCCAGCGCUGGGCGGCGGCGUCCGCCGCCUCACCGUCGUCGUCGACGACGCUCCGGCUCGCCGGCGCCGUGCUGAUCCAGCCAUUCUUCGGCGGCGAGGAGCGGACGGAGGAGGAGCUGGAGCUCGACAAGGCGGCGCUCACGCUGUCGCUAGCGAGGACGGACUACUACUGGCGGGAGUUCCUGCCGGAGGGCGCCACACGGGACCACCCGGCGGCGCACGUGUGCGGCGGCGGCGAGCACGACGUCGAGGUGGCGGAGGCGUUCCCGGCGGCGAUGGUGGCGAUCGGAGGGUUCGACCUGCUCAAGGGGUGGCAGGCGAGGUACGUGGAGGCGCUGCGCGGGAAGGGGAAGGCGGUGCGGGUGGUGGAGUACCCGGGCGCCAUCCAUGGCUUCUGCUUGUUCCCGGAGCUCGCCGACUCCGGCGAGUUCGUGGAGGAGAUGAAGCUGUUCGUCCAGGAGCAUAGAACCAAGCGUGUGCAGUAGAUGGCUUGUUGGCCCAACGCUGUAAUUGAUCCAGUGAUUAUGAUGAUUCCAGCAGAAUUUACGAGAUUAUUUUUCGAUUACA